CGGCACCGACGCUCGUCUUUUUCGUUGUACUGUUGACCGUCGUCCGGUCCGGUUCGUCGGGGUUUGGCUGGCCGACCGACGCGAUUCUUCGGCGGUGUGUUACACCGCGCGCGCGCUACACCCGCCGACACCACCACCACCGCCGCUGCCGGCGCCGACCGUCAAGCGCGACGCAGUGACAACGACCGACAGCCGUCGCGGUUCGUGAUCAACGCUCCAGUCGUCGUCGGUCCGUCGGUUGGCAGUAACGUACGUUGUGUGUCAUUCUUUACGCACACGGUCGCGCGUUUGUCGCACACGCGCACAGUGUGCCCAUCGCAACGGCCGCGUUCGGUUUUGUUAUUUUUUUUUUCCCGUUUCGUUUUUCGCGUUUCACCCCCUCCUCCUUCGGUGGCCCCAUUCGUGAACCCGCUUAGACCACUACGUCGCACGAAUAUUACUCGCCGAUCGUACCGUGCCGUGGCUGUCCCUCGAAGCACAGGGUGCACGCGCUCGUUCACAAAUCCAUCGUCACACACCGGGAGUCGACGACAGAUUUCGUUUCGUGUGAGGUACAUAAUUUCAUCAGGACGGCAUCUGUUGUAUCAAAACGACCGGAAGGGACGCCGGUACAGCGAUCCAUGAGUUCGAGCUGUCGACCAGCGAGGAUAGGACGAGCGCCAAGAAAAAAGAUACCAUAACAUACUAUUUAAACUGUAUAUAUUGUUCAAUAAUAGUAAUACAUACUAUUUCCUACAUAAAUAAUAUUGCUCUAAAACGCCAACAUGAGUUUAAACGAAAAGAAAAACAAGAUCCAAUCCAGUACGUCCGCGGAUUAUGCAAAUAGCGCGGGUGAAGGAUAUAAAUUUACCGAUGAAGUAUCUCGAGACACACACGAUCUGGACGAAGAAAUGGAACGAGUAUUCGCCGGUGUUUCUAGCGAAGCCGACCAAAACAGAUUCAAUCCAUCUACUUUCACUAGUGAUCGGUCACCUAAACCAGGAGAUAGACGAUUUAGUGAAGAUGAUUAUACUGUUCAUCGAAAUAACAGUCGAUCGCUUGUCCACAUACCACUCAAGUCCAUUCCAAAAUCAAUUAGAAAACAAUCUACGACAUCCAUAAGAUCUAGAGAUCUGGAGACGGAAUUUAAGAGGACAGAUGAUCAUAGGGAUGUAACUGAUUCUGAUAGUGCAAUGAGCCCUCCAACUACCAGUCAACAAACAUCCAGCAAUAGCGGUAUGGUUUAUUCUGCAGUUGCUACUGGCAUCGAUCCAAGCUUUGUAGACGUAGAAUCGGACGGUUCAAGAGUUGAAGAUGGUCUUUUAAGCAGUGAAUGUGGUACUCCUAUGUACGAAAAACCCAAAUUCGGUCAUUAUUUCAGAGAAGAUUCCGAAGAUAAACACGUACAGUUUAACAUAAACGAGACGAAUGAAGAAGCGGCUUACAAUCAACACAGAGAACUCGAUACAACUCAACAAGGACUCCACCAAGAAAUCAAGAAAAAAAAGCGAAAACAUAGACAUCAUCACCGUCAUCAUAGUCGUCAUAAGCAUAAUGAACGAGAAAUUUUUAUACCACAGGAUAAUUUACAGCUUGAUGAAAAUUUAGAUGAGUUUCUUCAAGAUGAUUUAACAAGUCAUAGAUACGACUGUAACAAAGAAAAGCGAAGAUUCAGUGGAAAAAAUAAAACGUUACUGUUGCCGUAUUCUGGAGACAUAGAUGGAACUUUAAUCGGCUUGCCAAUAAAAGUGAUCAAGAAAUACGUAGAUCAUAGUCCCCAUGCGGUUUUUGUUCAACUGGAUGAGUUAAAAGGAACUGGGGUCGAGCGAGAAUGGAAAGAAACUGCUCGAUGGAUCAAGUACGAGGAAGAUGUACAGGAGGGUACAGACAGAUGGGGACGACCACAUGUGGCUUCUUUGAGUUUCCAUUCGUUGUUAAACGUGAGAAGGUCUUUGGAGUCGGGAGUUAUUUUAUUGGAUUUGGAGGAAAAGGACCUACCUGGUGUGAUAUACCGAGUAGUUGAACAGAUGGCUAUUGAAGAACUUAUCAACCAAGACGAUAAAGCUGCAGUCAUGAGAUUGUUGUUGCUCCGACACAAACACGUCCAUCAGGACAGUGAUAAGUUUAGUAGGUUUAUUAGACGAAAUACAUCCAGCUACACAAGUCUUACGCAAUUUGAGGCAGAAUUUCUGGCUAAGCGGUCGGCAUCACUUACACACAAUAAUCUAAAUGAUGACAGGAAAUCGAAUAUGAAAAGUACUUUAUCGAGUCACGAGAUGCAUUCAAGCCCUAAAUUCGGUGCCAACAACAAUAAUAACAAUCGUUCUUUCUUGGAUUUGGACAAAAAUAAUAUUCAUAUUGAUAUGAAAGAGGAGACAUAUACUUCAUCAACUGAAGAUAUGGUUAAAAAAGCUCAAAAAGAAAGUAUCCUUAAACGAAUACCAAUAGGCGCUGAAGCCACUACGGUGUUAGUUGGCUCUGUAGAUUUCUUGAAGAAAAGAACUGCGGCUUUUGUACGUUUAGCUGAAGGCAUCAUGAUUCCUUCAUUGACGGAAGUAUCAAUACCAGUACGAUUCAUGUUCAUACUUUUGGGUCCUCCGGAUCCAAAAGAUAUUGACUAUCACGAAGUAGGAAGAUCAAUGUCAACUUUAAUGUCAAAUUCUGAAUUUCAUUGUAAAGCUUACAAAGCUACAGAACGCAAAGAACUGAUCAGUUUACUAAAUGAAUUUCUCGACAGUAGUAUUGUGUUGCCACCUUGCGAUUGGGAAAGAGAAGAAUUGUUAUCAUUGCGAGAGCUCAAAGAAAAAAGUGAGCAAAUCAAAAGGCGAAAAAUACGUGCUGCCGUUCAAAAAGUCGCAAACUUAACUUCGACUUUGAGCGACAAAGGCGAUGAUAACAAAGAUGAUCCUUUAAAACGUACUAAAAAACCAUGGGGUGGAUUGGUCAAGGACAUAAAACGCAGACUACCGUAUUACGCUUCUGAUUUCUCCCAAGGAUUGAAUUUACAAUGUAUAGCGUCCGCGAUAUUUAUAUAUUUUGCCGCUUUAUCAGCAGCAAUCACUUUCGGCGGCCUAAUGGCCGAUAAAACGAAAAAUUUCAUUGGUAUAUCUGAAACUCUGAUUGCUACCUCUGUGGCUGGGGUAAUUUUCUCGUUGUUUUCAGGACAACCAUUGUUGAUAGUCGGAACCACAGGACCUUUAUUGCUUUUUGAUGAUGCUCUAUUCAGCUUUUGCCGUAGUAAUGACAUCGAAUUCUUACCAAUGAGAGUUUACAUUGGGAUUUGGUUGUUGAUCAUUGCUUUACUAGUAAGCUGCCUCGAAGGCAGUGUGAUGGUUAAAGUAUUUACAAGAUUUACUGAGGAAAUUUUUGCUUCACUUAUAUCAUUGAUUUACAUAUGGGAAAGUAUAUCAAAGUGUCUUAAUGUAUUUACAAAACAUCCGCUGUUACCGUUGAAACAAUAUUGCGAAGAAGAUGCUUUGAUACGCAUUGAAAAUUCACUUUUCAACCCAAACUCUACAGAUUAUAACUCUACCUCGAAUGGUACAGACAUAUUUAGACCAGUUGAUCACCAAACAUUAAUUACAAAACAACCAAAUACUGCAUUGUUGUGUACUAUUUUAGCAUUGGGAACAUUUUUUAUUGCCUAUUACCUUCGGCAUUUCAGAAAUAGCAAAUUUCUUGGAAGAAAUAUCCGUCGAGCUUUAGGUGAUUUUGGCGUUCCUAUAGCCAUCAUAUCAAUGGUAGCAGCCGAUUAUUUUAAUCCUACAACAUACACCGAAAAACUCAAGGUUCCUGAAGGACUAACACCUUCGGAUCCUGAAGCCCGUGGAUGGUUUAUAUCACCCAGUGGAUUAAAGGGUCCCAUCGAUCCCUGGGUACCUUUCGUCGCUUUCGUGCCCGCUCUACUGGUCUACAUUCUCGUAUUUAUGGAGACACACAUCAGCGAGCUGAUAAUCGCCAAGAAAGAGCGUAAACUACAGAAAGGUAGUGGUUUUCAUCUGGACAUAGUGCUAGUUAAUUUUAUUAAUCUUAUUUGUGGUAUAAUUGGUGCUCCUUGGAUGAGCGCGGCUACCGUCAGAUCUGUUGCCCAUGUAUCAUCACUGACAGUAAUGAGCAGAACUCAUGCUCCUGGUCAAAAACCUCACAUUAUUGAAGUAAAAGAGCAAAGAGUUAGUUCUCUGUUGGUAUCUAUAAUGGUUGGCUGUUCAGUAAUAAUGUCCUCUUUAUUGAGGUUAGUACCAAUGGCUGUUCUUUUUGGCGUAUUUCUCUACAUGGGAAUAUCAUCUAUUGACGGAAUACAAUUUUUUGAACGCUUGAAAUUAAUUUUUAUGCCUACGAAACAUCACUCGGAAGCCCCAUACGUUCGUCAUGUUCAAACUUAUAAAAUGCAUCUAUUUACUGGAAUUCAACUCAUAUGCUUAUGUGGCUUAUGGAGUAUUAAGUCGUCAUCGAUUUCUUUGCUGUUUCCAUUUUUCUUAAUUAUGAUGAUUCCUGUGCGAUCUCAGCUAUGUGAUAAAAUAUUUACCGCAAAAGAAUUACGAGCUCUGGACAGCAAUGAACCAUCAAACAUGAGUAAUGAUGAAGAUGAACCUGACUUUUAUGCUGAAUCUCGGCUACCAGGCUAAUGACUUGUUGACUUUUCAAUACGAUUUUGUAUUUAUUAUUAAUAAUUUUUCAACAUUUUGAUUCUUUCAAUUGGAUAGCAAUUAAUGAAUAUUUGACUUGAUGUGGUUUGAAAAAUGAGAACCUACUACAUAUUUAAUUUUUUUGUUCAGUUACAAUUAAAGUAUAUGUCUGUUACGUGUACAUUAUGAUAAAUCAUAUUAUCUGUUUUUAUUUUUUCGUAUGACGAAAUUGACCGGGAGUAGACCUAAUUAUAUAAGUCCAGUUGACUAUUCAGCAAGGUUUUGAGUAGUCAUCUUUUAAAUUCUAUCUGGAAGUGUGAUUUACUAGGAAAUAUUCAAAUUGUGAUCCGUCCUAGAACUUGCAAUCACGGAAGAUUAACUCUGGUGCCAAGUCGACAAUAUUGGUGAAACCCCAGUACUAUACCAUGACCCCACAUUUAUGUAUGAUCUUUCAAUUUUUAUAUUAUUAAUAUUUUAUUACUACCAGUGUUUUAUACAUGCUAAAUAUUUAUAAAUUGACUGUGAAUCAAUCUUUACUUUGCCAAAUAGCUAAAAAAACAGUUACCAAUGUCAUUAAUAUCAAUAUAUUACAC